GUUUCAGUAAAAGUAUUCAGAAGGAAAAGCUUAUGGUGAACCGAAUGCAAUCUAUCAUUACAGUUAGCAAGGCUAAGAAACGUCCGCAAACCACUUGUUCACGUUUUGAACACAUUUUAACACUUUCCCGUCGUUUUUGACAUAUCGUUUUUGAUAUAGGCUGGGGAUUACCUACUGAGGAUAACACUUUCCAGACUUGGGUUUCCAGACUGUUUCAAAGCAACUAAGUGUCUCGCGUUGAAAGUUUCCUUGCCUUGGAAAUAAGUGAAAUAUUUCUUCCAAAGAAAAUGAGAGGUCCUGGUUGGCAGCUGUGUAAGCAACUGAUUACCAGAAGAGUUCACUCUUCCAGCUUUGCAUUAAAGGAAGUGGAGCUGACCUCGGUCCGCUACCCGGACCUGAAGCGGGGCCCGUUCGGCCGGCUCACCGACAGCGACGUGACGCACUUCCGGCGGCUGCUGGGCGCCGAGCGGGUUAUUACUGAGGACCUGGACGGCUACAAUACGGACUGGCUGCGCUCCGUGCGAGGUGCCAGUCAGCUGGUGCUCCGGCCUCGCUCCACUGAGGAGGUGUCGGCCGUGCUGCGGCACUGCCACGAGCGCCGGCUGGCCGUCUGUCCCCAGGGCGGCAACACGGGACUCGUCGGUGGCAGCGUGCCUGUCUUUGACGAGGUGGUGCUCUCCACCUCGCUGAUGAACAAAAUCAUCGACCUCGACACCAACUCGGGGGCGCUGGUCUGUGAGGCGGGCUGUGUCCUGGAGACCGCGGACACCUAUCUGGCCGAGCGGGGCUUCAUGAUGCCGCUGGAUCUGGGCGCCAAGGGCAGCUGCCAGAUCGGCGGCAACGUCUCCACCAACGCCGGGGGCCUGCGCCUGGUGCGCUACGGAGGGCUCCACGGAACGGUGCUCGGACUGGAGGCGGUGCUGGCCAACGGUGACGUGCUGGACUGCAUGUCCACGAUGAAGAAGGACAACACGGGCUACGACCUGAAGCACCUGCUGAUCGGCUCGGAGGGAACCCUGGGAGUGGUCACCAAGGUGGCCAUUAGCUGCCCGCGCCGACCCGCCUGCGUCAACCUCGUGAUGCUCGCCGUGCGCAGCUUUGAGGACGUUCUCUCUACCUAUCAGUUCGCUCAGUCGCAGCUGGGUGAGAUUCUGUCCUCGAUCGAAUUCAUGGACGGCGCCUCCCAGGAGUGUGUCGUCAACAAUCUGAAUAUGUCUCACCCGCUGCCGGGCCACCCGUUCUACAUGGUGGUGGAGACGUCCGGCAGCCGAGACACCCACGACGAGGAGAAACUCAGCCUCUUCAUGGAGGAGGCCAUGCAGCGCGAGCUGGUCACGGACGGCGUGCUGGCGACGGAUGUCGGACAGAUCAAGUCUUUGUGGCAGUUCAGAGAGCGGAUCGCUGAGGCUCUGCUGGGGGACGGCUACUGCUUCAAGUACGACAUCUCCCUGCCGUUGAACGCCUUCUACGAGGUGGUGCUGGAGAUGCGCCGCAAACUGGGAGACAGCGUCGUCACCUGCUGUGGAUACGGACACAUCGGCGACGGUAACAUACACCUGAACAUGACGACGCGUGAUUUUGACGCCGCCGUCCUGUCCAAGAUCGAGCCGAGCCUGUACGAGUGGACGGCACAGCACGGCGGAUCCAUCUCGGCGGAGCACGGUCUCGGGCUCAAGAAGCGCAACUUCAUCGGGUACUCCAAGUCGCCCAGCGCUGUGGCGCUCAUGCAGCAGCUGAAGGCCAUGCUGGACCCGCACGGCAUUCUCAACCCGCACAAGGUGCUGCCCGACAACUGAGAAGAGAGCGGAAAUCAAAAGAAGUGAGGGGAUCCUGGGUUUUGCUCAGUAGAUAGCAGGGGUGGACGAGGGACUGGUGUUAUGUGUCAUGCCUCUUUCCAUAGGGGUAGAGUUUGAGUGGAGAGAGUGGUUGGUGGAUGAGGCGAGUGGUAAAUCAGGAUGUCAGUACCUGGUUCGGUGGGAUAACACGAGAAGCUAGGGUAGCUGGGGUAGUGAGGGGGCCGUGACGAUGACUCAGUGAAUCGUGCUCUGUACCAAAAGGGGUAAGAAUGGUAAAUUUUUGGCUGUUUUUUUUUUCUUGGGUAGGUAUAGUUUUGGCUUAUUGGGGGUAUUUACUAAGAUUUAAUAAAGAUUGGAAGGUAGAUGGUAUGAGACGGGAAGUGAAAAAGUGCUGUUUGUAUGGGAUGAUAAGGUUGCCUUUAGUGAGGAGUAAGUGCAAUUCGUGAUAAAUGAUAAUGCUUGUCUGUUCUGAACAGACAGUCGCUUUCUAACCGAGCUCGGUGGCUUGUGAAUGAUUGCUGCAUACUUACGCUUCCGCAGGCUGAGUUUAACUCCUGUGUCUGCGAAUGAGUUGCAUUCCUUACUUUGGUGUUUGAAACGCGCCCGCUGAUGCCUGGGUGAACGGAAAUAUCUGGUCACCAUUUUUGGAGCUAAAGCUACUGUGCUUCGUUACAAUAAUUGCUGGAAUGUUAAAUAUUGUUUGGUAAGCAUAAUAUUUCUGUUUGACUGAUUUCAUCUGCCUGUCUCUCCUGAAUAGUUUGGUGCAUCACGUUUAUGUGAAAUUUUCCUCGAAUGGGUUAGCUGCAGUGAGUAAUAUUUCAGGGAAGUACCUACCUGAGUCGCUCCGUUACGGGUUAAAUUGUGUGCUGCAAUAAUGGCUCAGCGGUGGAUAGGUGGCUGUAGAGGAAGGACUGUUGCGCUGUGAAGCGGCGGUGACGGCCGCUCCGUCACGGUCCUGUGUUAUAACAGACUGUCAGACCGUCACGUCUCAUCGGUCUGGCGUUGGUGUGCUCGGCGAUCGGCCCGGUUAACCCAUCGGAGCGUCUCGCCCGGCCGGCCGGGGUGAUAGGUUUAUAAUGGCAUCUGGCGCGCGCGCCCGCUGCUUCCGCUUUCUCCCCCGUCCCUGGCCACUUUCGGUUUCGUUCGUCCGUCGGGAAGCGGCUUUGCCAACUGCGCAUGGCCGGUGGACGCGGCAGGUGUUUUGCCUACCGGACGCAGACAGGAAAUGUGCAAUGUUGACUUGUACGAUACGGUUUCGAAACGCACACCCGUUUUGUAAAAUGUACGACUAACUGUUGUUUGGUGAUGGUAUGACCUUCAAUAAAAGGCUUCAAUUGACAUCUUUCCAAAUAGGAAGGUGAAUCGCUUUGUGCAAUGCUCGUUCCCUGAGAAGAUAAUAUUUUGUACCACUUCAAGCGUAAUGAAGGUGUGCAGAGCUCGUAUAAAUUACCAGUAUCCAUGUAUGCACGCAGCAGCAACUGCGAUGAAUUGUGAUGUCCUGUGAGACUUAGCGGUCUACCAAUACAGGAUUAAUGAUG